AUGCAACCUCAAGCUUUUACCAACAUGCUCCUACCUCUCGCCGUGGCUGGCCUCACCCAAGCGGCCUCAGUCUCGGCCUUCAUCUCCGGAAGCUCUUGUCCACCCUCAGAGCUACUGGUGCGCCUUCCACCCUUCCUCGAUCCAGCGGUUAACGGCACUGGAAACGCUACCUCUGGGUGCAACGCGCCCGGCUCCAACUUUGUGGCCCCUCCUACUGGCUUCUUCGCUGGUACUUGGUUCAUUCGGAACACUUCCGGAACGUCCUACCUCAAUUACGGCAACUUGCAGUGGGACCUCACUCCUGCCAUUGCCACCUGUGAGAAGAACAAUACGGCGGACUGUGCUGCAGGAACUCUGGCGGGAGAGCUCAAUGAAGUCACAACCUGGACCCCAGCCGACAACAAAACAGCCCGCAAUGGCGCCAUCGGCGGUGGUGGUCGUGAAGUGGCCUCCGUCCGAGCCUACAAUACCCCUCGCCGAUUGAACUUUCCUGCUCUGAACUCUGACUGGGAUGCUGUAUUUGACAAUACCAUCUUAGAUGGCCCAGGAAAGGGUAUCAUGCAGUCUUGGUCAGUGAUCUACUGGGGACUGGACGCGAAGGAAAUGCCUUUUAUGGUUGUCCAUGAGACCCCGCAAAUCCUUCCCAAUGGCGAAAUUGGUGUUACCGCUGUUCAUGCGAUUAGUGUCAACCGAGACGGGGCGGAUAAUGAAUCCUUAUCAGCCGUGCUGGAGGCCCUAAUGGACCUAGGCAAUGCUGAGUUGACUCGUGAUAUCAAAAAGCUGGGUGAGACUAAGUGGGAUGAUACUAUGAAGGGUGGACCUGCUAUCUGUGGUUCUAAGUGUAUGAAGAAUGAGUUGAAAUAG